AAAUGUUCUUUUUUUCUCAUUGGUCGGAAGGCUGUGACGUAAGGCGUGCAUUUAAAUUGUCCCACCUCAGAGCGCCAUACCGUAUUAGUGUCGUGGUGGGUGGAGCAGUCCGACUGACUGCUGCUGAAGACUCCCUGAAGGUUUAUUUUACUGAUUCGGUGGGCGUAAAAUACAAGAUGCCUUCUAUAAAACUGCAGAGUUCUGAUGGAGAGAUUUUUGAAGUGGAUGUUGAAAUUGCAAAGCAGUCCGUGACAAUUAAAACUAUGUUGGAAGAUCUGGGCAUGGAUGACGAAGGCGACGAUGAUCCUGUACCACUUCCCAAUGUUAACGCUGCAAUUCUUAAAAAAGUCAUCCAGUGGUGUACACACCAUAAAGAUGAUCCCCCACCACCUGAAGACGAUGAAAACAAAGAGAAGAGAACAGAUGAUAUCCCUGUAUGGGACCAAGAGUUUUUAAAAGUGGACCAGGGAACACUUUUUGAACUUAUUUUGGCUGCCAACUAUUUGGAUAUUAAAGGAUUGCUUGAUGUCACGUGCAAAACGGUUGCAAACAUGAUUAAAGGAAAAACGCCUGAAGAAAUUCGAAAGACCUUCAACAUCAAAAACGACUUUACUGAGGAGGAAGAAGCUCAGGUACGCAAAGAGAAUCAGUGGUGUGAAGAAAAGUGAAGUUGCAUACCUGUUUCCACUGUAACACUGUAAAAGUCGUUCCAAAUCAGCUAGUUGCACUGCUCUGUUUAUACAAGACAAUUUAGCAUCUUAAAUUAGCAGGAGGAUGUUUGGCUGCAUGUGUUGUGUGUCUCGGACAUUUUUUUUUUCUUCUUUGAGCCAGAUCUUCAAGCCGUGUUUAAGUCAAUGUAAUCUUGUGUGAUACUUUCCUUUUAAAACAAUAAUAAAUCUGUUAGCUGCGUGCUUUGAAGAUGAAA